CUGACAUCGCAGUCAAGGCCAACCAAUUCCAGCCAUUGCUCAAUAGCUCGUCACUUUGGUUGACAGCCUCUGUCUGUAUACACCGAGCUACUAGCUGCCAUGGCCCGUAAGAGCAGUGGAGCACGCAAAAGCCGCGCCGUCAGUGCGCUGGUGCGCGCUGAGGACGCCGCAGAGGAGGAAAUCCUAGAGACGCCGGCGCUGAGCUCGGCUGCCGCUGUGGCUGUGGCUGACGACUCCAGCGACGAGGAGAGCGAGGCUGAGGACGCCGAGGCCGAAAUUGAGCGCCGUUUGGUGGCUGAAGCACAGGCCGAGGCUGAGGGCGCCAAGCGCGAGAGCAAGGGCGUAUACAAUAGAGAAGCGCUACUGGCGCUAGUCAAGGACUGGGAUGCCAAGCCGCUGCCAUGGGUAGAGACUCUAGACACUUGCGCUGUGCCACUGGAGCUCGAGAGUGUACACGACGAUCUGAAGAGAGAGGUGGCAUUCUAUAACAACACACUGGCCGCUGUACGUCUAGCCAAGGAUCGACUUAAGAAGGAGGGUGUGGCUUACAAGCGACCGGACGAUUACUUCGCCGAGAUGCUCAAGAGCGACGCGCACAUGGCCAAGGUCAAGGAUAAGCUCAUUUACGAGCAGAAGAAGAUCACAGCUGUGGAGGAACGUAAGAAGUCACAGGCUCACCGUAAGGUAGCCAAGGAGAUUCAGGCCGAGAAGAUCAAGGAGCGUAACCAGCAGAAGAAGGAUACACUCGAGGCUGUUAAGCAGUGGAAGAAACGCAAAGGAAAUGACAAGCGUGGCGGCCUUAAGGACGAUGAUGAUACCGAACUGGACUCGAUUGUCAGUGGCAAGCGGAAGCAUGCAGGUGGCGAUCGUGACGGCGCUAACAAGAAGCCUCGCGUCAAUAAGGCACGUGAGGCUAGGAACGCAAAGUUCGGCUUCGGUGGCAAGCGUCGCCACGCUAAGAGUAACACUAAGGAGAGCACUAACGACAUGUCGUCUUUCCCUGGUGCCCGUAAGGCCAAGAUGAAGAGUCAGGCUGCAGCUAAGGGUGGCAAGCGUGCCGGUAAGGCCCAGCGUGCCAACCAACGCAACAAGAACAGGCGGUAAAUGGCCUGAUUGGCGGUUAGUGAGCGUACAAAAGACAGAGAGAUGUUCCGAUGCGGGCUUGCUACGCCGCUUCUAGAUGAUAAAAGAGCUCCAUAUUUUUUUUUAGCAAUA